AUGAUAAUCCAAGCAUUGAUCUACGUAAAUAUGACGGCAGCCGAAGAAGAUGGCUUGAUGACUUUUGUCUGGGUUGGCUACGCCGUUGAGGCUGGAUUUGCCGUGGUCACCAUGAUUUUUUGCAUACCAAUGACCAUGCACAUUCUGACGACUUCUUCGGCCUAUCACCCAAACGUCACCAAGCUGUACUAUGUAAACAUUCUCUACGCCUAUCUAUUCAUGCUCUCCAGGAUCCCGCUGGCGUACUAUGAGCUGAACUACGAGUUUCGAUGGUUGAUCGAAGAUCCUCCCGCCUGGCUAUGCGUAGCAUCACAGCUACGCACCAAUCAUUUGGCCAUUUUACCAGCCACGCUGACCGGGAUUUUACUGGAGCGUGUGGCGGCAACGGCGCUUGCUGCAACAUAUGAAGUCCAAUACUAUCCCCGGGCGUUUAACGGUGCACAAGUAGUAAUGCGAAUCAACGAGCGGAAGCGCACGAAGCUGUCCCAGUCUGUCUACAGCCUCUCACGUCGCUACCAAAUCACAGAGAAUGUGAAAGCGUUAAGGGUACUCAAUCUAUUCACAUGGUUCUGCACUGUCAUGAACUUUAUAUUCGCCGUCUUAUUUGUCGGGACACGACUGCCGAUUCCGUGGUUUUAUCGGAAUAUCCUUGGCGUGUUAGCCAGCGCCUUCACCGAUAUUUACGUCUUCAUGUGUAGCUUUGUUGGAUAUUUGGGAAAUCAGCGAAUGAAGAAGCUGGCGAUGCAGAUCGCAGCAAACAAGAUACACGAAAUUACCAAUGGGCUUUUCUUCAAGCACCUCUUGGCAGCGGCCAGGCAUCGCAGGGACAGCAAUCGGGUGCUGGAUGUCAACGGGAAGGCCAUCUACCUCGGUGCCAAGCAACAAGACUAUUUUUCCCAGCUGGAUGCCCAAUGGAAA